AUGGCUUCCAACCAGGUAGUCCUCACGUACUCGGCAACGUCCAAUAGCCCGGCAGAGGUCAUCCAAGCCCACCAUGACCAAGAUGGCCCUGUUCCCGGCGACGAAAAACCCCUCCCAGAGGCCACCGCCCUGGUCACAUUCCUCGUGGCCCCGAUCAACCCCCAAGACGUGAUGGCCAUCGCCGGCCGCUACCCCGUGAAGCCAGAGUACCGCCACUUGGACAACCCCAUCCCAGGCAACGACGGCGUCGCCCGCGUCGAAGCCACCAACCCACCACCGCCCACCACCACCACAAACCACAACCCCCUCCCCCAACCAGGCGACCUCGUCAUCCCCCAGCGCCACGGCCUGGGCACCUGGCGCCGCCACGCCAUCCUCCCACUCUCGGCACUCACCCGCCUGCCCCUCCCCAACAUGAACCCACUCACCACCCCCACCCCAACCGCAACCUCCACCCCCUCAGCCAUGAUCCCACACAUCACCAUCGACCCCAUCGCCGCGAGCAUGCUGCGCACGGUCUUUCUGCCCGCCUACCUCCUCACCGAAGACAUGCGCGCGCUCCGCCCCGGCGACUGGGUGGUGCAGAACGCGGCGGGCAGCACGGUGGCGCAGGUGGUGGCGCAGUUUGUGCGGCGCAAGGGGGCGCGGGUGGUGGCUGUUGUUCGGGAGCGGGAGCGAGAGCGGGAUGGGGGUUGUGGCGGUGGGGGGAUGGCUGAUGUGGAUGUGGUGUUGACGGAGAGGGAGGUGAGGGAGGGUGGGGUGGGGGCGAGUGGGGAGUUGAAGGCCGCGGCGGAGAGGGGGAGGGUGGUGUUGGGGUUGGAUGCGGUGUUUGGGGCGGCGGGGGAGGCGUUGGCGGGGUUGUUGUCGAGGGGGGCCACGUAUGUGAAUUAUGGGUCGUUGGGGGGUGUGGAUGGGGUGGUGAGGGUGAGCCAGAAAAUGGUGUUUUGGAAUGAGGUGCGGUUUAGGAAUUUCAGGCUGUCGGAGCAGCUGGGGAAGCGGUCGGUGAUGGAGCAGGAGGAUUUGUUAGGCUGGUUGGCUGAUUUGAUUGCGCGGGGGGAGUUGAGGGCGCCGGUGGUGGAGAGGAUUCCGGUGCCGAUGGAUGGGUCGUUCGUGGAGGCAUUUCAGGAGAAGGUUAAGGGGGUUUUGGCUGCGGCGGCAGAGAAGAAGAUUGGACAUCGGAAGCAUGUUUUGGACUUUGCGGGAGCUGGGGAGGUGUAA